AUGUUUUGCAUUCGGCGCAAACGCAAGACGGAUGAAGAAGAAUGGAGUGCUGCAGCCUUCAAGCGUCAGUCUGCCAUCCUUGUGGACGACCCAGAACCGCAACCACCUUAUAACCCUCGCCCACCAACCAUGAUCGAACGUCACAAUGCAUCCCCUGCAUUAGCCGCUCAACGCAGCUAUCAGAACUAUUAUGGUGGUUAUGGUCAACAAGCUGCGUACGGGUCUCCUGAAAAUAUGCAUGCUGGCUCUCCUCCCCCGACGCAGCCGCAUGUUCAGAUGGCAAUGGGAUAUGCCCCUCACGAUGACCACAGCCAGCUCGCUAGGCAACCGUCCAAUGCAACAUAUUUGUCUCGUCAACCAGCCACUGCAGGAUACGACGAUCCUCAGGCUCACUAUGUUAAUCUCAAUCGUUCCAGUGUAACUCCGUUCCAAGCGGCACAAUAUGCCGAUAUAUCUCGUCAACUCGGCGGUGACGUUAUGUCUCCAUCCAAGCCUGUGGAUGCUACUCCCCUGCCUAGCCCCUUCGACGACGAAGUGGAAGAAACCUACCCCACGCAUGAUGCUGCGCCUCGUGCACUUUCUCCCGCUCACGUUGCUGAUUCACAUGCCGCCGCCAGCACGGCGUCCGCACAUGAGCCGGCCCCAGCGUCUCGCGGGCGAGAGAUCACCAAUGCUAAGCGGCCCGAUACCGUAUACACCAUGUACGAUGAAGGCGAUGCUUAUGAUGGCAUCUAA